AUCACGAAAAUCGUCAUCAUCACCAGACUCGAUACGCAAGGUCAAUACGAUGGCGAGCCACAAGACAUUCCGAACCAAGCAGAAGCUGGCCAAGGCCCAGAAGCAGAACCGCCCGGUUCCGCAAUGGAUUCGCCUUCGCACUGGCAACACCAUCCGCUACAACGCCAAGAGAAGGCACUGGAGAAAGACUCGCCUCGGCAUCUAAGCCGGUUCACUCAAUCACCUGGCAUUCCCGACCCUCUUGCACCGACGGUACCGACGUCCGGUUUCUUUGGCAUGGUCUCGUGGUGAAAUAGUGGCGGAUGGCGUAAAAAAAGAGUUUUUAUCGUCUUUACGGCGUGUGGGAGGAGGAUGCAGACGCAAUGGAAUGGGCACGGUUGCCUGGUUUCUCGAUUCUUGAUAUUGCUUCAUGUCACGGUCGGUCAUAGGGAAAGGAAUGAACCUAUUUUGAUGUCCAUUUUGCUUUUUUUACCCGAGUCUCAGUUCUUUCUAAACAUGGUGCUCACGCCACAACUGCUACUCGCUAUGUGAAUGAACGAGAGGGCCGAUUUUCUUCUGUGCCAUCAG